AUGUCUGAAGCAAAUUUGUCUUGUUCUAGCAAUUCUGUUGCAUUCACUCCUCCUUUCCCUCCACAUAUCAACAUCUUCGAAAUGGUUCGAAAAAGACUCAAAAAAAAUCCAGAAAAAAUUGGUUCAAGAGGUCCAAAUUGUUGGCUUAUCUAUCGUGCUUACUAUGUUUUCGAGUACAAUAAAUUAAGGACUUCUUCAAAGAAAUUGUCCAUGACUGAACUAUCCCCACAAAUAGCUAAAGCUUGGGGAAAUGAAAGUGAUGAAGUAAAAAAAGAGUAUCAAAAUAUUGCAGCUAAAGUUGAAGAAGAACUCAUUAGACAGAGGAAAGAAACUCUUGUUUAUACUUCUAGUUGUACUAGAAAAAAACAUUUUCCUCCAACAAUAAAACCUCCCACAUAUAUUGAUGAUUCAAAAAUGCAAGCAGCUGGUUCUGAAAAAUCGGUAGUUCAAAAAGAGAUCCCAAAUUCACAAUCAGCGAACUUUGGUGAUAUUUUUAAUUGGACUUUGAAUUUCUUCAAUCAUGCAUCAGAAUUGCCUGAACAAAAUAAUAAUAAUGACAUGCUUACUUCAGAACAUACUAUGACUACCAACGGAAAUUUUUCCUUUCAUCCUAAUUCUAUUCCCCUCUAUCAUUAUCAACCCGUUAAUAGCAACUUACCAUUUACUCCUCAAUGUGGCAAUUAUGAAUUUAACGUUAAUACAUUACCAAUUCCAUUAGUAGCAUUACCUGUUGAGUCACCUUUCUACUCAUAUUUUACUCCAGUUCAAUCAACACAUUUCAACUAUGGUUUAAGUGAAGAUAACUAUGCAUUUUAUGAUCCUUUGCUUUCAAGACAAUACGCUAAUCAAUGA